AAAGUUUCAGUCCAUUAAUCAAUUUCUACGGCCCAAAGCUCAGCCCUAUUUUCAAGCUAGAUCUGCGCUGGAAGCCAUAAAUGCCAACUACUGCAGAGAGAUUGAUGCUACUCUGAAAGCAUGUAGAGAAGAAACAAAGGAACUGAUUCUACAGUUAGAUAUGUUAGAAAAAGAUCAAAAAUCCUGUGGUGUUGCUAAUAUGUCACGAGAAGAAAACCAUAAGCUAAGAUAUAAACUGGAAGCAACCGAACAAGAUACAAAGAAUCUGCAGUUGAAAAUCCAAGAACUAGAAAGCAUAAUAAAUGAAGGAAGUAAGAAUCUCCAGGAAAAAGAGAAAACAAUAGCCAUACUAGAAAUGAAACUUAAUGUGAAAGCUUCCAGGAGUGAAGUCAUCAAGCUUCAAGCUGCAUUAGAGGAAAAAGAAAAUUGCUUAAGAAAUGCAUUAAGUGAGAGAGAAGCACUCAGGGCCCAGGUGGAUAAAGGUGUUGGAUUAUAUAAGGAGGAAAUUGAAGGCCUGAGAACUCAGCUUGUUAAUUAA